AUGAGCUCGAGUUCCUCGUUAUACAGCAAGCUACGGGAUGGAAUAUUUCUGCAAACACACGAAGUGCCUCUCAUCGUGAGCUUGGGAAGCCCUCGUACUUGUGAUGAAUUCGAAUCUUUGGGGAACUGUGUCGCAGCCCUAGAUAGUUGCCAUCUCCCAUUGAUGAUAUUUGAAGUCAACUCCUAUGAUGGCAAUUCCGACCACCGCCCCCUUCGUGGUAUUUUGAAAAAACCUGCAAUACCGCCACGGACAUCCAGUCUUCGCGCUCAUAAUCGAUCACGGUCGUCCGAAAAUAUUAGGCCGGAAAUAGUUGUUGAAGAAACAUCGUCCCGACGCCGUGCUUCUUCAAUCUCGUUACCGCCUGGAGCUUCGAGGUCGCCGUCCAUUCCGCCAGCAGUUCCAGAAGAUCAAUAUUCAGUGCCACAGCUACAGCCAGCCCUGGACCAGACCCCCAAGCUUAUUACACCCCUUUCGGCACCUUAUGUAGCCCCACAGACCUCUCUCCAGCCGGCGAUCGCUACACCAGUGUUGAUAAUACCUGAGAAUGAAAACCCGUUCGAUUUCGCAACGAACCUCGAGGAUGACCGAGCCCGCCGUGUAAGCACUGGUAGUAUCGAUCCGUUUACUGAAGAGGAGGAAUAUCAGGCCUCUGCCAAAAAUGGCGCUAAGAAUUUAUUGGGUACUGGUAUUAGCAGUCAUAACCGACAUGAGCACCCUCAUGUGGGUUGGAAAUCCGACUUUUUAACGCCGACUCCAGAGGAAGGUAUCGAGGGCGCUCCAGAAGGCUAUAGUAGACGUCGCUCGAGCUCUUUGCCUGAUUUACCAGCAGCAGGAGGUGGAAGAGCGCUCAAAUCGGUGAAGGGGAGACGCGCCACACCUUGGGUACACAACAUCGGUAUUGAUGGAACUACCGCCGGAAAUGGGAAGGGGAAAAGAGUUAAAUUGGCGUUUCCAACCUUGAAAAGGUUGAGUGGUGCGAGCGUUAAGAGUAUGGAAAGUGGCCACGAGGUUUGGUUUGAUGCUCUUGAGGAGCAGCAGGAGGAGAACUGA